CUCGCGUCACGUGAGCGCGGCGCCGCCCCCGCCCGGUGCCCGCGGAGCGGAGCGGGGCGGCGGGAGCCGAGCCCUCGGUCGGGCCGGGCCGCGCCGCGCCGCGUCCCGGGGUCUAUGGGGAAGGCGGCCGCGCUCUGUGGCGGCGGCAGCAACGGCAGCAGCAGCACCCGCGGGCUGGUCUCUCUCCUCAGCGCCGUCCCCUGCUUGGCCUGCCAGGAGCUGCCGGCCAUGAGCGCAGAGCCGGGGGGCCGGGGCGGUGGGGGACCGGCGGGGGGAGGCCCGCCCGCCGCCCCGGGCUCGGACACCUACAAGGGCUGGCUGUUCAAGUGGACCAACUACCUGAAGGGCUACCAGCGCCGCUGGUUCGUGCUCAGCAACGGGCUCCUCAGCUACUACAGGUCUUCUGCAACUGUCAGGAGUGAUGGCUUUUCUUGGAAACGUGUGAAAAGUGUACUGAUUCCGGUUCAGAAGACAGGGACGCAGGCAGAAAUGGCCCACACGUGUCGCGGGACCAUCAACCUGUCCACGGCUCAUAUCGAUACGGAGGACUCUUGUAACAUUGUGCUCUCCAAUGGCGGAAGGACGUACCACUUAAAGGCGAGCUCAGAAGUGGAGAGGCAGCGCUGGGUCACGGCCCUGGAGCUGGCCAAAGCGAAAGCCAUCCGCAUGAGGAACAACCAGUCAGAUGACUCUGGCGACGAGGAGCCCGCCUCGCAGUCAGACAAGAGCGAGCUGCACAGCACGUUGAAAACCCUCUCAAGUAAGCUGGAGGAUCUGAGCACUUGCAAUGACCUGAUUGCAAAGCACGGGGCGGCCCUGCAGCGCUCGCUCAGCGAGCUGGAGAACCUGAAGCUGCCAGCUGAGAGCGGCGAGAAGAUCAAGGCAGUGAAUGAACGAGCCACGCUCUUCCGCAUCACCUCCAAUGCUAUGAUCAACGCUUGCCGCGAUUUCCUGGACUUAGCCGAAACUCACAGCCGAAAAUGGCAGCGGGUGCUGCAGUAUGAGCGGGAGCAGAGGAUCCGUUUGGAGGAGACCAUCGAGCAGUUAGCCAAGCAGCACAACAGCUUGGAGCGAGCCUGCCGUGGAGCCCCCGGCCUGUCCUCCAGCAGCACCGGCAUCACCAGCACUGCCAAGGGGAGCGUGCAGUCUGCCAAAGGAGAGGCCAGUGAUGAAGAUGAAGAGACGGAGUAUUUUGAUGCCAUGGAGGAUGCACCAGCUUUUAUCACUGUAAGCGCAGACCCCAGGCACCACAGGCGUUCAGGCAGUAACCUGAGUGGGGCCAGCGAGGGCCACCCUGAGGACUGGAACCUGGAGGACAGUGUCUUUGAAAGCUCAAAUCAAAGCAGCUACAAUGAGUCCACUUGCAAAGAUCUCCUGCCGAAGAAAAGGAGACGGACUCGCAUCCCCGACAAACCCAACUACAGCCUUAACCUCUGGAGCAUCAUGAAGAACUGCAUUGGUAAAGAGCUCUCCAAGAUCCCCAUGCCUGUAAACUUCAAUGAGCCUCUCUCCAUGCUGCAGAGGCUGACGGAGGAUCUGGAGUACCAUGAGCUGCUGGACAAAGCAGUUAAGUGUGAGAGCUCCACAGAGCAGAUGUGCUUCGUCGCUGCGUUUUCAGUGUCUUCCUACUCGACGACUGUCCACCGCACUGCAAAGCCAUUCAACCCGCUGCUGGGGGAAACCUACGAGCUUGACCGGCUGGAGGAGUUUGGCUUCCGUUCCCUGUGUGAACAGGUGAGCCACCACCCCCCGGCAGCUGCCCAUCAUGUCUACUCCAAGCGAGGGUGGACGUUGUGGCAGGAAAUCACGAUCGCCAGCAAGUUCAGGGGCAAAUACCUCUCCAUCAUGCCACUGGGCACCAUCCACCUCGAGUUUCACUCCAGCGGGAAUCACUACGUCUGGAGGAAAGUCACCUCCACUGUUCACAACAUCAUUGUGGGCAAGCUCUGGAUUGACCAGUCUGGUGAAAUAGAGAUUGUUAACCAUAAGUCAAAAGAUAAAUGCCAGCUGAAAUUUACCCCCUACAGCUACUUCUCCAGAGAUGUUCCCCGAAAGGUGACGGGGGUGGUGAGUGAUGCCGAUGGUAAAGCCCACUACGUCAUGUCGGGCACGUGGGAUGAGAAGAUGGAGUGCUCCAAGAUAGUGCAGAGCAGCCACGGCAGCACCAGCACAGAAGGCAAACAGAAAACUGUCUACCAGACACUGUCUCCAAAGGUCUUGUGGAAGAAGUACCCCCUCCCGGAGAACGCCGAGAAUAUGUAUUUCUUCUCUGACCUGGCCCUCACCCUGAACGAGCCCGAGGAGCGAGUGGCUCCCACCGACAGCCGGCUGAGACCCGACCAGCGGCUGAUGGAGAGUGGCCGCUGGGACGAGGCCAACGUGGAGAAGCAGCGGCUGGAGGAGAAGCAGCGAGCUGUGCGCCGGAGGCGAGAGGCCGAGGCCAUGGAAGCCCUGGAGGAAGGCAAGGACUACGAAGGCUAUAUCCCGCUGUGGUUUGAGCGGAAGGUGGAUGACGUGACGGGGGAGCUGAUCUGCAUCUAUAAGGGUGGCUACUGGGAGGCCAAGGACAAGCAGGACUGGAGUACAUGCCCUGACAUCUUCUGAGCCGCUCCGCUUGCGUCGGGGUGGUUGAACCCGCACCUCAAUUCACCGGGACAGACAGAGGGACAGUGAGGACACGCUGGCAGCGUCCCGCCAGCAGUUAACAGUGCAAAUACCUACACAGAGUCGAUACAUGCAGAAGUUUGAAAAGAAAAUCUAAACAGGGAUUCCAAACCUAUUUUUUUACUCACUAAUAAAUAGCAUCCUUUUUUUUUUUAACGAUGGCUUUUUCAGCGACUAAUUAGGGACGAGGACACGUGAAUCUGGUUCGUUUUUAGCCUAGCAUAUUUAUUGCUAUCUGGAGUUGCUGCCUCUAUCUUUCAACGCCUUGGCUUUAUCGGCUGAGACGUCGACUUCCAAAGAUGCUCACAGUGUGGGGAUGCUGUGCAUUUGCGUGAGCUCUUUUCUUUGAUGUUAUUUUUUUUUUCCCCAUUUGUGUGUGGACUUUAUGGAAAUUUUUUUUGUAAAUUUAUUUUAUUUUUAAAUAUCUGCUCCUGGUUCAGGUUCCUUCAAAGACGGACACAAACAACUCUGCAUCCUGCUCAGAAAACUGUCUCCAGGGGCCAUGGCGCUUGAUCCUGGAGGCUCUUGGUGGCUCUUACAGUGCACAGUCAUCCCAGUAACACCAAUUAGAAUAUUUCAGCAGGUGACAUUUUCCGUCCUUGCGCCCCUCCCCCCCCCUUUUUUUUUUAAGAAGCGUUUGAGCAGAUUCCCCGCAGUCUGCCAUGCUUAGUCAAGGCUUAGGGCUGUCUUUAACAUGAUGCUUUGUGAGAGUGAUUUGAGUGAGGCUUGGUUUGGUUUUCCUGCAACUGCAUCCGAAGGGGGAAAUGGCCUUGCCGAGGUCAAGAAUGCCCAGGAGACACAGAAAGAAGAGGUCUGUAGACCAGUGAUGCUCUGGGGUCCUCAUACUGGCUCGCUCCCGCUCCACCUCGCCGCAGCCCAGGGCCUGGCAGGAGCCUGGACCUCAGAACGGGGUUUUUAGGCAGCGUCUCCCUGCUGAGCUCUACCCAAGGCCGGGUGGGAGGGAAGGGUGUUGCUGCUGUGUUGGAGCCUCCUUGGGAUGCAGCCUUGGUCCUGGGUCUCCCAUCCCCUUGUCUUCCCCAUUAAGGCAGACAGGUCUGGUCCGCAGUCCCCUGGCACGGGGGGUCACAGGCUGAGCCCGGAGGGUACCCGCAGCCCAGCGCCCAGCUCCGUUCCUUCUCCUUCCGUGUGGCCAAUCUCUCCCAGGAGCAGUUUCAUGUCACCACUAAAGCAGCCUGAGCAUGGGGCCGGGGGAGCCCCACGUCCCCCAUUCACCCCUCCUGCGUGCCAUCACCUUGCGGCGGCCCUGGACCCACCGGGAGGAGUGGAGCAAGCCCUGCCCAUGAUCGGUGAGGACCAGGCAUGAGUGGUGCUUGACCAUGCAGACCCCUACUGCCGGUCCCCAGCACCACAGGGGAGGUUGGGGGUGGCAGGACCCCAAAGAUGGGAUCCGCUGGGCCAGAGGGUAUCGGGGAGACCUGGACACCCCCAUUUGCCCUGUAAGAUUUCAUUUUUGAUGUCUUCUUCUCUGGGUCUUCGUUAUACCGUACUGAGUGCUGCCUCCCGGGGGUCAGAGGCCACCCCCAGAUGGACUGUCACAUCCACAUUGGAAGAUAAUUAGCAAUAAUGAACUUUGAGGCAAUGGUAACUGGAAUACCCAGGCUGCACAUGGGACACUUAUGCAAUCAGGUUCCUCAACCAUCAGUCUCCUCCUGGUCGGCUUCUCUUCCAGCACCUCCAUACCUGUUAACUACAGCAACCCUACGUGUACAGUAUAUAUAGCCCUUGUACGGCGUAACAGUAGUGAGUGGCUAUUGGAGUGGCAACACCCACUGAUUUCAAUGUACCCUUUAAUCUUAUUUAUUUGCUUCUAAUUUAUAUAUAUGUAUAAAUACAUAUAAAAUUAUUUUGCUUAAAUUUCUAUGGUACACAAUAGAUGAAAAAUAACGAGGACAGAAGUGUCUGUCUGAGUUUUUGUAGCACAAGUACGAUUCCCUAGGCUUGUCCUGGAGGUAGGGUGUAGGGCUGAUGGUGACUAAUUCCCCCAGCAGAGAAGCAACAUCUUCCUCCGAAGCUGGAUGUGAUCACAUUCAAACGGUGUGAAAAAGAUACUCCUUUUAGAAAGGAUGCAUUUCGGGUUGGAAGGGUGGUGCUUGGUAUCCGCCGUGUUCAGGAGGACGAUGCUCCAAACCUGGCUCCUGGGCGUUAGAGCAGCCGGUCCGGUGUCUUUGCUCCUUCCAGACCCUUCCCCGAGGUUUGCCCAUGGCUCGGUAAAGCCGGUGCAGCUCUUGAAUGAUCCAAACUUCUGCAUUUGCUGUGGGAUGCAGCCUGCGGAGAGCUGCCGGGUGUCGCGGGCCCAGCGUGUGCAGAACUCCUUUGGCGUUCGCCUCGUCGGGAGAGCGGAGGAUGCUCUGCACUAAACUGGGCACUAAACUACGCUACUGGCUGGGCUUGUGAUGGCCUCCAGAGCUGCCCGGGGGAGUUCGGUUCCACUUGAAACCUGAAUCGGUUAUGUAAAACGGCCUAGAAAUUGAGGUCUUCAAAAUGCCUUAUUUUUCCUUGUUUGCGUUGUCAAUGGAAGCGUUACCCAAGAGCUUGGAGAGGUGAGAAACUCCCACACAGGCUGUCCCUGAACCAGGAUCCGAGUGUUCCUGCAGCAGAGGAGGGUGUGGAGCGAGAUGUUGCUCCAUAAGUGCUGGCACCGAGGGUCCCACUGGACUCUGGGACCCCAAUGGGUCCUCUCUGAUGUACCCCCCAUCGCUGCAUCUGAAAUCACCAUCACGAACCCUGCACAGCUUAGCGGAGCUCGGAGGAGUGUGAGGAGCACCCACCAAAACAGAAAUCCCCCAUUUUUUAGGCUAAUUUUAAAAAAAGCUGUAUGUUCCAGAGAUCAUCUAGUGGCAACACUUAAUCGGAGCACCAUCUCCUGGUCUUUCUGUUCCCCCCCGCAGAGGGUUUUAAUGUCAUUCCACUGUAAAUGCUGUUGAAUGUAUUUCUUUUUAAACAAUAUAUUGUGAGUGAUCCCUCUUCUACAUGGUAAUAAAACUUGGAUUUGGGAGUUUUAAAAGCC